AUGGAGCAACAUCCUUCCUAUUCAGAGCUGUCCGCGCUCCUGCCCAAAUACCCCAGGACAGCCGGAGCGUUGUUCCAAACGUACAAUGAUCUGAAGCUGGCACAGGAAUGGAGCGAGCUCGAGGUCGUAGACCUCACCAGCUGUUCCAGAGGAGUAUUGCGAGGCCGCCGACCUAAGACCGAGGUCAUGUUGUGUGUCAUCCCUUGCUCGCUCGCAGAGUCCCUCUCAAUAGCAUGGUUACAAGACGCAUUCCGUGAACUCUCGUCUCCAACACAAAUAUACCUGGCCAUCAAUACUGAAGACUCAUCUAUUGUGUACUACAAGAUCAGCCCGGGGAUCGUGAAACCACCUGUCUAA